UGAAGAACAACGACGUCGAACAUCCCUCCAUCUACCUGGUUUCCCCGUAAGCUCCUCUCUCUCUCUCUCUCUCUCUCUCUCUCUCUCUCUACCACUUCUCCCUUACCGAGCACACGGAGCAUGUGAAGACGUCACAGCGACCAACGACGAAGACGACGGAGAAAGCAACAAGCUAACACUGCUGGGGGUGCAUAAUCGUUCGUGUCCGUCUCGAUCCAUCUCACCAACUGAUGUCCUCCAAAAGCGGGCUACUAUGGCUCCACGGACGCUGCUCUGCCUCCUCCUGCUCGCCAUUGUGCAAAGUAGCCGAGGGGCUGACACAGAGGAACGGCUGGUGGAGCAUCUCCUAAACCCUGCCCACUACAACAAACUGAUCCGGCCAGCGACCAAUGGCUCAGAGCUGGUGACAGUGCAGCUAAUGGUGUCGUUGGCCCAGCUCAUCAGUGUGCAUGAGCGGGAGCAGAUCAUGACGACCAACGUCUGGCUCACUCAGGAAUGGCAGGAUUACCGUCUAACAUGGAUCCCAGAGGAGUUUGACGGCAUGAAGAAGGUCCGGCUGCCCUCCAAACACAUCUGGCUGCCAGAUGUUGUACUCUACAACAAUGCUGAUGGGAUGUACGAGGUGUCCUUCUACUCCAAUGCUGUAGUCUCCUAUGAUGGCAGCGUCUUCUGGCUUCCUCCAGCGAUCUACAAGAGCGCAUGCAAAAUUGAGGUGAAGCACUUCCCAUUCGACCAGCAGAACUGCACGCUCACCUUCCGGUCAUGGACCUACGACAGGACCGAAGUGGAUCUGGUGCUUCGAGCUGACGUGGCCAGCAUGGACGACUUCACGCCCAGCGGAGAGUGGGACAUCAUUGCCUUGCCAGGGCGUCGCAACGAAAACCCGUCGGAUCCCACCUACGUGGACAUCACCUAUGACUUUAUUAUCCGCCGCAAGCCACUCUUCUACACUAUCAACCUCAUUAUCCCUUGCGUUCUCAUCACAUCUCUGGCCAUUCUGGUCUUCUACUUGCCUUCUGACUGUGGUGAGAAGAUGACCCUGUGCAUCUCUGUCCUCCUGGCACUCACUGUCUUCCUGCUCCUUAUCUCCAAGAUUGUGCCCCCAACCUCACUGGACGUCCCACUGGUGGGCAAGUAUCUGAUGUUCACCAUGGUCCUGGUCACCUUCUCCAUUGUGACCAGCGUUUGUGUCUUAAACGUGCACCACCGCUCGCCCACUACCCACACCAUGCCGCCGUGGGUCAAGCUGGUCUUCCUGGACAAGCUGCCUGCCCUGCUUUUCAUGCGGCAGCCACGGAACAGCAGUGAGCGCCAGCGCCUUCGCCAGCGACGCCGAGCCAACGAGAGACGGGAGGGUGGCCGGGGUGGCCUCAUGGCCGGGCUGGGCCUGGGUGUCUCUUCUGAAAGUGGAGAGGCAUGUACAUGCUAUGUGAAUCGUGCCUCCGUCAAGCAGUUUGGAGGCGAACUGGGGGGAGGAGGUGGAGGAGGAAGUGGAGGGGGUUCCAUGGACGGUUUGAAUGGGCUGAGGGAGGGUGGGCGUGAGGGCAGGGAAGGGACCUCUACACCGCUGCAAAGCUCGGCACUGUCCCGGGGGAAGCAGCAACAACAACAGCAGCAGCAGCAGCCUCCCACAGCCCUCACACAGGCCCUGCUGGGGCAAGCCUGCCCAGGCUUUGAGGAAGCUGUGGAUGGGGUACGCUUCAUCGCCAACCAUAUGAAGAGUGAGGACGACGACCGCAGUGUGAGCGAGGACUGGAAAUAUGUUGCCAUGGUGAUCGACCGGCUCUUCCUCUGGAUCUUUGUCUUCGUUUGUGUCUUCGGCACGGUUGGGAUGUUCCUCCAGCCGCUCUUUCAGAACUCCUCCAAGGCGGUCAUCAACACGCCCGGCUGACUGCUUGGCCCCCAGGUGGAGAACUUUCGGACACUUUGCGGCCCCGUUGGAGGCUGGACGGACGAAGGGAGGAGAGAGGGCCUGCCCAGGGGGAGGGGGAUGGGGACUCUUUUUCGCGCUGGACUGCAGACUGCAGUUAUGAUCUGCUAGGUUUAUACAAUGACUUUUUGGAAUAUCUCAACACCAACAAUAACCAUGCGUGCAGUUUUGUUUUGUUUUUUUUUUUGUUUUUUUGUCCCUCUCUUCUCUCCAGACCUCCCUCUCUCCUCCCUUCAAGUGACAAACUGCACAAGACAGGAGAGAGAGAGAGAACACCACACUCUGCCAGCCAAUCAGCGUCAAGAUUGAGCCACCAUCACCCACAAAAGCCCUGCCUUCUGACAGCCACCGAGCUUUACGGCUUCCUCAAGAGACUCCUAACUGCUAAUUAUUGUAGGAGAGCCAGAGAAAGGUGAUCUUCCAACAGCUGUGCGAAGCCAUUUCUAUCUCCACUCAUUCAGAACAGAUUUGUUUCUCAUAGUAGAGGCCUGUCACACUUUUAGCGUCAUCGUUUCUGUGUGAUCACGCAAGCAAAUGGUCCUUUUUGGGCUUUGAUGCAGUAUAUAGUAUUCUAAUUAACAUAAUCAGAAUGUGAUCAAGUGUAACCACUAAUUACAAGACACAGAAAUUGAUAGUGAGGCAAUUUGAAAGGUGCAGUUGAAAGGAGCUGGGAAUUGAGCAAGGAAUAGCUGUUGCUACAUGCUAGAGGGUUUCUGGGUGAAAAAGAAGAGGCCCUGUCUAAGGUCUUAGGAGACGUUAUAGCAUGCUGGGUGAUUGAUCUAUGUUCUUUUGCUAAAUAGAGGCAACAUAGUGGUAGAAUCAACCAGAUCAGAUUUGCAUAAGUAGUUGUGAUGGAAAAAUGCAAGAGCGUCAGCAUUUUCCAGGACAAAAAUGCUUGGUUUUGUUACAGCUGUGAUAUGCAUAUCAGAUUUAUGCAGUUUUGCACUGCUUCUUGUAGGGCCUGACCGAUAUGACACUAAUACCGAUACCAAUAUUUAAGUUCUAAUUUUUGAUAACCAAUAUCUUUUUCUUUUUUUUGGACAAAAUUGAAGAAGACCAAUAGUAGUUUUAUUAAACAGUGCUUUACUGACUAAUAUGAUUGUAAUAACUCCAUAUAAAUGGUAAUUAUUAUAUAAAGUCCAAAAGUUUGGGCACCCCUGGUCAAAUUACACAUUUUGUUGAUUUUCCAUUUGAAAAUGAGAAUAUGCUCUAGACAGGGCACAUUUUAAGAGAGAAAAAAACAGCCUGUGCCAAAGUUAUGACACAUUUUGUAUUUAAUGUUUUAUUUUCUCUAUUUUAAGCAAAUACAUAGACGUUGUGCACUAAAAUUUGAAGAAAUAGCACGUCUGACAUUAUGUUUGGUUGGUGUUCAAAAUAUCACAUUUCUGAAUAUGGUUUUCCUCUAUAACCCUUAAGGAGUCUUUGAAAGAUUCAUGAUAAAAGCAGAUAAAUCCAUGGUACCUUAAUAUUGGCUGAUUGUAUUGGCCAAACAAUAAAUCGGUCAGGCCCUGCAUUCUUGCUCCCGUUUUCUUUCUUCACAUUAUUCUCUCCUCUCCACACAACUCCUUUUUUCUCCUCUGGUUCUACUCAUACAUCAUAUUUGUCCUAAUGCAGUGUGCAGCUCUAACCCAUGUUGCCAUGUGUUAUGAAUGAAUGUGUGAGCACAGACAGUGUGUUAUGGUCUCUGGUCGAUCUCAUUUGCAGUGUUGGGUAAAAAUACACUCCUGCCCUACGUUUGUACCAUAACCUUUUCCACACUGCUCUUGUCCUCUCCUUUCAACUGUUGUAGCUUCUCGCUUUAAUCUCCUCUUUACCCUUUGUCUCGAGUCCCUCCCUUAGAGAAAUAUCUUAGUACCUUUAUACUGAGUAUCAUAGUAUCUUUAUGAAUAUCAAUACAGCUGGCUAUGGACUAUGACCAGGGUUCCCACCGAAAUCUGGGCCACCUGCUUAUUAUUUCAUGCCACAUCAUUUGCAAAAACUGAAGCUAAAAUGAGGUUUGUGAUAUUGCUGAGGGCUGCAGUGAUUAUUUGACAAGGUGGAUUAGUCAUUUACCCCAUCCACAUCUAUCCAGAUAUCAAAUUAGCAAAGGACCGUUAAUCUGUGUUAAGUCACAUAAUGUGGUAUAUUUUGUGCCAGAGGUCAUCAGUCUUACCCAUAAAGAACCAAUGCAAGUUUCCAUUCUGGUCAAGUACACUAGAUUCUAUUAGUUGGUCUCAAACAAUUGGUGAGUUAUAUGAGGUGUGCUGUGGCUUAGUUGGAAUGGAAGCCUGCAGCCACACUGGCCCUUUGUGGAUAAAACCAGUGACCCUUGUUUUGCACAUCACAUUUUUUUCUAGAGUUGUUUGGCAUCAAUUUUUUUUUAGAUAUUAUGCCGCAAUGCUCAUGUGAGCAUUUUUCAAGUCAUUUUUGCCUUCUUAUCUGGGCGAAUUUUCAAAAAUAAAGCUUGGACAAUUUUUAAGAAAAAAAUUCUGAAAAAUAUCCAGAUGUUUGUGGACGAGGCCUUUAAAAACAUUCUAUAAUGCUCUGUAAUGUUCAUAUUACACAUGUUGUUACUCUGACAGAUUGCAAUACACCACAGGAAGCAUAGAGGGCGAUAUGGCUUCUGUUGAUAACAGAAGAAUUCUCUUGUUCCACAGAUUUUCAAUGAUGUGCCUGGGCAAAGUAAGUGGAAGUGGUAGAAACCGCAAUGGUUCGAUUAGACAAUUGAAUAUCGUAAAUGAACUGAUUAUAAAAAUAAUGGCUGCAGCUCUAGCUGACAGUAUUUUCAGAACGAGUCCACUGCUGUGUUCUUGGCUUUGAUAGGACUCUUGCUGUGAUUCAUCAUUGUCCCUCUGGUUCUCUGGCUGACGGUCCUGCACCAUGCAUCAUCACCGGAGGGAUUCAGGGCAAUCCAGCACAACUCCCUUAAAAGUAACCUUCCACUGACUAAGAAUGCCACUGUAAAACUCUCUGCUUUUAAAUCCCAGAAAAGGACAGAAGGAAGAAGGAGGUAUAUCUUGCCAAGAGACCUAAACGUGCACCCCUAUGCAUAUCUUGAACACACCCUCCUUACUCACAGCCUUCCUCUUCCUGACCCCUCACUUCACCUUAAUCUGUUCAAUAAAGGUUGGAGGUUCGUUA